CUCAGUGAACUGUCUCUUCUAGGUUCUAGCUAGUACAUACCACCAUACUGCAUCACAAAAGCAAGUAGCAGAAGCAACAUACAUGGCGGAGCUAAAGUUGUCAGAGAGCAAAGACCUAACUCGAAUAGAGCGGAUAGGUGCACAUUCUCACAUUCGCGGACUUGGGUUGGACUCAGCCCUAGAGCCAAGGGUUGUGUCGGAGGGCAUGGUUGGACAAGCCUCAGCACGCAAGGCCGCAGGUGUCAUCCUCCAGAUGAUCAAAGAAGGAAAAAUUGCUGGUCGAGCAGUCCUCCUCGCCGGGCAGCCAGGCACCGGAAAGACUGCCAUUGCCAUGGGCAUGGCAAAGUCCCUCGGCCAAGAAACCCCCUUUGCAAUGAUGGCUGGCAGCGAGCUCUUCUCCCUCGAGAUGUCCAAGACUGAAGCCCUAAUGCAGGCUUUCCGCAAAGCCAUAGGUGUCCGAAUUAAGGAGGAGACCGAGAUCAUCGAAGGAGAGGUUGUCGAGAUUCAGAUUGAUCGCCCUGCUGUUUCUGGUGCUGCUUCGAAGACUGGCAAGUUGACCCUGAAGACGACGGAGAUGGAGACCGUCUACGAUCUUGGUGCAAAGAUGAUUGAGGCUCUGAGCAAGGAGAAAGUCCAGAGUGGAGAUGUCAUUGCCAUUGAUAAGGCUUCUGGGAAGAUCACAAAGCUUGGCAGAUCAUUUGCUAGGUCCAGGGAUUACGAUGCCAUGGGUCCACAGACUAAGUUCGUGCAGUGCCCUGAUGGAGAGUUGCAGAAGAGGAAGGAGGUCGUGCACUCCGUCACGCUUCAUGAGAUUGAUGUUAUCAAUAGCAGGACGCAGGGAUUUCUUGCUCUCUUCACUGGAGAUACUGGUGAAAUCCGUGCAGAGGUGAGGGAGCAGAUUGACACAAAGGUGGCAGAGUGGAGGGAGGAAGGGAAAGCAGAGAUAGUGCCUGGGGUUCUGUUCAUUGAUGAGGUUCACAUGCUUGACAUUGAGUGCUUCUCAUUUUUGAACCGUGCAUUAGAGAAUGAAAUGGCACCAAUUCUGGUUGUUGCCACCAACAGAGGGAUCACAACCAUCCGGGGCACAAAUUACAAAUCCCCUCAUGGCAUACCUAUUGACCUUCUUGAUCGAUUGCUCAUCAUCUCCACACAGCCAUACACAGAAGAUGAGAUACGUAAGAUCCUUGACAUCAGAAGCCAAGAAGAAGAUGUUGAGAUGUCUGAGGAUGCAAAGGUCUUGUUGACAAAGAUUGGGGUGGAAGCAUCCUUGAGGUAUGCAAUCCACCUCAUCACUGGAGCAGCAUUGGCUUGCCAGAAGCGGAAGGGGAAACUUGUUGAAAUGGAAGACAUCAGUCGGGUGUAUCAGCUGUUCCUGGAUGUAAAGAGAUCGACACAAUAUUUGAUGGAAUAUCAGAGUCAAUACAUGUUCAGUGAAGUGCCAACAAGAGAGGGGGAUGAAGAUGAAGCCAUGGUGGGUUUGAAAGAGGGGUAGAAAUCAUCUUCUAAUGAUGCAAGCAAUUGUUGAGUGUCAACUUUCUUUGGGAAACUGGCGGAAGAAUUUCGAAGUAGUUAUUAUUUAGUUUUAGUCAUGAGUAGCCCUCUUGUGCAUGGGGAAUGUGUAUCAGCGUCGAUGUAUUUUCCAUGUAUGUAGAAAGGAUGGACAGGAUGGGGGUGAUUUUGGGCUUCUCUUUCUGGUUCAAGUUUUCUUAUAGGUGGAUAGAUGGUAACAGCAUGAACCUGGUCCUGUCCAUCCAAAACAUUGCAAGCUAUUAUUCAGUCGGAAUUUUAUUAUGUAGG